CUGCUCGGCCCUCCUGGAGUAGAGGCCCUUGUGACAGGUGCCUCUUGGGGUGGGGAGGAAGCCUGGGGGAUCCACAGCCCUAUAAAUGGUGCUGCCACCCCUUUUCCCUGAGUCGGAGGCAGAGACCCACGUAGGCUGGAGGCUGUUUGUGUGGGACAAAUAGCUGCAGCAGAAGCCAGGAUGCUGUGCCCUUUGGCCCUUACCCUCAUCUUGCUGGUGGUUUCUGGCAUCAAGUGUGAUGUGCAGGAAGUUUGUGUUGGAAGUCCCGGCAUCCCUGGCACUCCUGGAUCCCAUGGCCUGCCGGGCCGAGAUGGGAGGGAUGGUGUCAAAGGAGAACCUGGACCUCCAGGCCCCAUGGGCCCUCCUGGAGGAAUAAUGGGCUUCCCUGGCUGUGAAGGACCGACGGGAGUCCCUGGCAUCACCGGUGAGCGUGGAGACAAGGGAGAGCCUGGAGAAAGGGGUCCCCCAGGGCUUCCAGCCUCUCUAGAUGAGGAGCUCCAGUCUACACUCCAGGACUUCAGACAUCAAAUCCUGCAGUCGUUGGGAGUCCUCACUUUGAAGGGCUCCAUGCUGGCAGUGGGAAAGAAGGUCUUCUCCACCAAUGGGCAGUCGGUCAAUUUUGACGCUAUUAGAGAGUUAUGUGCCAGAGCAGGUGGCCGAGUUGCCGUCCCCAGCAGUCCCGAGGAGAACGCUGCCAUUGCAAGCAUCGUGAAGGAGCACAACGUUUAUGCCUACCUGGGCCUGGCUGAGGGUGCCACCCCUGGAGACUUCAGCUACCUGGAUGGGGCCCCCGUGAACUACACCAACUGGUACCCAGGGGAACCCAGAGGUCGGGGCAAGGAGAAGUGCGUGGAGAUGUACACAGAUGGGCAGUGGAAUGACAAGAACUGCCUGCAGUACCGACUGGCCAUCUGCGAGUUUUAAGCAGGUGCCGAGGCCACAGAACAGGUGGGGUCCUGCAUUCCCUUCCAGGCUACACCCCAAAGAUCCAACUGGUCUAUGAGAGGUCCAUGUGAUCUGUAACUCCUUUCCAACACAAUGCAUUUGUUGCUCUUAUAGCUGAAGGCACCCUUAACCCCUCCACUCCUGGAUGGGCCCUGACUCCUGCCCCAUGAUCACUAAUCAAUCCCGACACCCACCCUUGCUGAGUCUCUCAGCAUCCCCAGACCCCUUUCAGCUCUGUACCUUUGGCCUUUGGCAUGGAUGGAGACUUCCUUCUUCCUCCUCUUGUCCAGUUCCUUCAUUUAUAGAUGGCAACAGUGAGGUCCUGGGAUGGAAGUGCCCUCCAAGUUCACACAGAGGGAGCCCAAAUCAAAUGUGAGGGUUCAAGGGCACAUGUGGGGUUACCUGGCACCCUGGGGCCUCUGGGGCACACCUGGCCAGGCUCAUCAUGAGGUCAGAAGGCCAGGUGGGUCCCCAGAAUGGCGAGGCCAGCCCAGCCCUAGUGACUGGCAUGCAGCAUCUGCUCCCUCGAGUCUGGGGGUGUCUACUCAGCCCCCUGCCCUGAAAGCAGCCAGCCUAGGCCCCCAUGGCAGGUCCCCCUCUCCUCUACCUAGUAACUUCCUGCUGGUGGACGUCUCCCCACACCACUUCAGACCUCAGAGAGGUCUUCACACCACUCAGCCCGGCUCUGUUUUCUCCUUUCAUUCAUUCAAUCAGUCAUUUUGUUAGAGUCAACCAGGCUGUGUCUCAGGAGUGGUCAACAUACCCUAUGACACUGGGAUAUUUGUUUUCCCUGAGCCCUUUUCUUCUUCAGUGAAAUGGGGAUAAAAUACUGAUUACUGUUACAAUUGUUACCAUCAUUCCCAUGAACAAAAUUUCUCCAUAGCUACCACAACCAUCCUCAGACAGAGACUGUUUAUUGAGCACAUACAAUGUACCAAGCACCUCACCAAAUGCUUCUAAUGCACCUUAUUAAAUAUUAUUUCAUCGUUACCACAAUGCCAUAGAACCAGAAUCACUUUCACGUUUUUUUCGACAAAGACCCUGAUGCUGAGCGAAGUCAGAUGUUUUGAGUAUUAUCACAUGGAGCGAGUGGCAGAGGCUGGAUCCCAAGCCCCCUCCCUGCACCUGAAGCGCAUGCGCACGUGUACCCCACCCCCGCGCCAGAGAGAGAUGACUUAAGUCUAAUAAAUCACGAGUGUGUUUA